CCGUCUCCUUCGCUCCUUCUCGAGAAAGCCUUAUAUAUCUUACUGUUCGUCUUCGUGGACUUCAAGAAAUCCUCCAGAUCCGACAUGAGACCGAGCCUCAGCCUCCUCCUGGCCGCUUUGGCCCUCCUCCUAGGCUCCGCGAGGGCCGAAAAACUCUCUGUUCUCCUGCCAGGUCAAGAAGGAGAGUUCAGCAUAGGUCACGGAGAGUCGGACUUUGACCUCAGAAGUGCCGGUCUCGGCUUCGGUCUCCCUACUGCUUCCGCUCCUGCUUCUCUGCCUACUUUCCCGCCUGCUUCCAAUGGGGUGUCUGGCGGGGGCUCCCUCUUCAACUCCGGAGUCAGCUUGGAGGGAUCGGUGCCUGCUCUGAGUGCGCUCUACGACGUGCCCGACGCCGGCUCGACCCAGCAGGAAAUCCAAGGGGCAUGUCAGGCAUCUACUGUGGUUGUGACGUCACGGGAUGUCGUGGUGUCGACUCGCGUGUCUGUCAGUCAGGUUGUCGUCCCUACGACCGUGGUUCGGGAGAGAGUAGUGACGUCAACAAGGGUUCAGUUCCAGACCGACUAUCAAACAUCUUACGUCACUGUUCAGGGCCCUGCACAGACAUUCACUCAGGUGGUGACUCGUCCAGUGACACAAUUCCAGACUGUUACAUCUACACGCCAGCAAGUCGUUAAUGUACCUGUUACCCAGGUAUCCUACGUUACACAGGUGGUGACAUCACGCGACCCUCAGUAUAUCACCGUCACUCGCACAUCUCAAGUUCCCGUUGUACAGACUGUGGUCAGCACGCAGGUACAGCAGGAAUACAUCACUGCCACCGUCACCCAGACACAGUACGCCCCCAACACCGCCUGUGCAGGUUCCUCCUCCACCUCUACAGCCACUGGCGGGUACACCUACCCCGAGCCCGUUAGCACAGGCCUCUCCUCUGGUGCCGCUGCCGUGAGUGGCGUCAGCUCGGGUGGCUACUACGGUACAGCUGGCACGUCUGACGGUUACUACGGCGGUGUCAGCCCGUCUGGCUCCUACGGUACUUCUGGGUACUACGGCAGCAGCGGUGGCUACUACGGCCGGUACCCUUCUAGUGGGUAUUACAGGCAACGCGGAAACCAAUACAAAUCCAAGGGGCUCUUCGGAAAGUGGGGGAAAUAAAAGGGAAAAUAGGCGACUGGACUAAUGGCCUUGCCGUCCCUCUUCUUGCUACCUCUUUGUGCAUUACGUGAUUUGUUAUAUUGUAUUUUUGGGGUGGUUUUUAAACCUUCUUUUGUGUCUUUCUGAUUCAUGAUACAUUUCGCAUACGGUACAGAGUGGCAUUCAGAUCAUCUCUCAUUGAUUAGGAUAGAUAAAAAAAAAAAAGGUGAGAUAGAAAAAAUAGCUAAAGUUUGUAAUAUACCUAAUCUGUUCCCUCUGUAUUUUCAAGAGAUAUCUUUUCAUAUGACUUAUGAUAAAUGAUAUAUAGGAAAGAAAUCCAUAUUUUUCUAAAAAAAGCUAAAUUCUGAAAGUACAAUCCAUGAAUAUAAGUAUACUUUUAUUUUCCAAUGAAUUUUACAUUGCUUUGUAACUUGAUGGUUUAGUACAAAUAUUACAUUCAAUAUAAAUAGAAAAAAAUAUAUAUAACCUGUGCUUAUUUUCCUUCAUUUGAUCACCAUUAUUG